AAAAUUGCUUAAAGUCCAACAACAUACAAAACAUUCUGAGAGGAGAGCCUUUCUGCUUCUCUCUUGUAACUGAUGACAGGAAUUGGUGUAGAUUGCAUUGUGUGGCGUGGAGGAAGGUCAGAAUUCGUGAGUGACUGAAGGAAUUGACUCGGAACAGUGGAGAGAGAGAGAGUGAGGAUGGUGACUGAUGAUGAACUGUCCAGGCUGGCGGAGGAGGCGUUACUGCGGGAGGCUCAGCGUGGGGCUCAGCGGGCGCAGGAGUGUGGGCCAUCAGGGUGGAUAAAAUGUCGCCUGCCGUCCACCAACAAGACCUUCCUUCAAAACACUCUGCUCGGAGCAAUGGCCUCAAACCGCGCCAAGGAGAAGCAGGAACAGACGCGAUGUGAACGAGGGCGGAGGAGAAGAGAGCAGGAGGAGAGAGACAAGAACACGUACAAGAGAGUUUACCUUCACGCCAGCACCAAGGCCCCCAGGAAGCCCACAGACCACCAAGACGCCCCCACAAACACCAAGAAGACCAGGAAAGAGAGAGAGAAGAAUAUGUUUACCUGGACUGACUCUGGGCUGGAGUUGGGGACUAAGAAGGCAUCAGACGAUAGGAAGGAUGACAAAGGAAGGGGAAAGAUGAAGACGCAGAAAACGAGAGCUCAGGUUGCUGUGUUGUCGAGGAGGAUUAAUUUUACACCAAGUACCGCCAAGGAGGGAGUAGAGGAUAAAAGAUAGUAGUGUGGUGGUGGUGGUGGUGGUGUAUGUAUGUGUGUUUGUGUUUAUUUAUGGAGGAAGGACUGGGUGAAUGAGUAGUAGUAGUAGUAGUGGUAGUAGUAGUAGUAGUAGUAGUAUUUAUUUGUCAUACCUGAUAAUGAUAAGAUAUACUGGUUGUUUGAGAGAGAGAGAGAGAGAGAGAGAGAGAGAGAGAGAGAGAGAGAGAGAGAGAGAGAGAGAGAGAGAGAGAGAGACACGAGGUAACAAAAAUUUCUCAUAACAAACUCAUUUCUUGUCGUUUCCUAGAAGUAGUGGUGUUCCUCAAUCCAGCGUCCCUCUCUGUUUGUCGCCAUCCCCUCUCUGUCGUUCAGUAUUAUUGUCAGUAUUGCCGUGUUCUGUGUUACAAAUGGAGUUUAUUCAGGAUCAU